CAGCGCGCCGACGUCUGACUGGCUGAAUCCGCUGCCGCUUUUGACAGCAACCCUUUUGCUACCUAGCGCUCUGCCGUACGCAGGUUGCAAACAUAUUACGUGGGCCUCUGCACGUACCUCCUUGCGUGCAUCUGUGGCAGUGGUGUCUCCUAAAGUUCAAGAACAGCCACAUAUCUCAUUCACACCUCAGCACGCCCUGAGUGCUGAGCACACACUUUCAGCCGUUUGUCCUACUUCUCUUCCACAACACUCCCUCGACAGACGUCUUCCAGUAGAAUUUGUAGUAAUAACCCCAUCGCCGCUGCUCACGCUCCCUGCUCGUGAGCUCACAGCAUACCCCUGCCCACAUUUUCAUAGUCGAAACCAUGAGGUUGCGGCAAACCCUCAUUCUACUGCCAGCGCUCCAGGUGCUCGCCAGGUCUGCAGUCGCCGAGGUCGACGACAAGCAUGUUGCACGAGCAGCAGCCCCCGCCUACACCAAUGCCAUUCCCGACCCAUCUCCCGCCGCCGUAACUCCAGGCUCAGCCAAAGGAACAAAGGAUGCGCCUGUCGAUGGCUUCGACGGCAAGCCUCACGCCGGCCCAUACGUUGACGACACACCGACUUCGCAGGACAAGAAGCCUGCUGUGGUAGAAGACUUGGGCACAGGCAAGAAGACAAUUCCUGCAUCCAAGGACUCUACCCUGGUCGGCGCAGAGAAAGAAGUGCUGGAUGGCGACAAAAGCGUCAUGCAGGACCCUGACCGAAAACUAGCGACAGGCAAGACUGGCGUGGAGGGCGGGGUCUCAGCAAAGGACAAGGAGCGUCUGGCGCACGAGGACAAGACAGGCUCGAAGAAGGAGCAGGUGCCAACGUCCCCCAAGGAAGCACCGCCGCCGCCCCACGGCGAGCAGUCACAUCUGAAGGAAGCGGUCGCCACAGAGACCACAUCCACACGUGUCUACGGCGCAGUAGGCCUCGAGAAACCCACCGACCUGCCAGAUACACCGCACGACGACCUUCCUCACCCCGUUCCAGACUCCCUCUCGAAAGCAGACCCGCUAGACACUACACCGAAGACAAAGACCCCAACCUCCAACAUGCCUGACGAGGAGGCCGCCGGCGUCAUUCAACCCUUCCACUCCUUCGUUCUCUCCUUCACGAUGAUCAUCUUCUCUGAGAUCGGCGACAAGACCUUCCUCGUAGCCGCCCUGAUGGCCAUGCGACACCCCCGCCUUGUCGUCUUCUCCGCCGCUUUCUCCGCCCUCGCCAUUAUGACAGUGCUUUCCGCUGUGCUUGGUCACGCUGUACCUGCCUUCCUUUCCGAGCGCUUCACACAUUUGGCCGCUGCCAUUCUCUUCUUGGUCUUCGGUGUCAAGCUGCUGCGCGAAGGUCUCGCUAUGAGCCCAGACGAGGGCGUUGGAGAGGAGAUGCGCGAGGUUGAGGAGGAGCUCGAGGAGAAGGAGCAGCUUGCGCGUUCCAAGGGUCGCCGCCGAUCGUCCAUCUCGCCUUAUGCUCUCGAAUCUGGCCGUGUACGACGCUCUCGAUCGAACUCCAGGCUGCCCGCGCCCGCUCGAAGCCCCUCCACAUCGCCCGACCGAUCUCCUUCACCUCGAGGAUCCUCGCUCUCUGGUGCUUUGAGCGGCAUCAACAACCUCUUCUCACUGCUUCUCAGCCCGGCAUGGGUUCAAACAUUCGUCAUGACCUUCCUUGGAGAGUGGGGUGACCGCAGUCAGAUCGCUACCGUUGCUAUGGCUGCAGGCUCUGACUACUGGUGGGUCACGGCCGGCGCCACCGUUGGACACAGUAUCUGUACGGCAGGUGCGGUCAUUGGUGGUCGCGCCAUUGCCGGCAAGAUCAGUAUGCGCAAUGUCACUCUUGGCGGCGCAAUUGCUUUUCUCCUUUUCGGCAUCAUUUACGCAUUCGAGACGUACUACCACGAGUAAAGGAACGAUUCAUAACCCACGGAACUGCAUUGCACGGCGCUUGGAUCGGCAUUGAUUGAUCUAUUGUAAUACGACAUGCGCGCAUACGUAUCGACAUGUUGACACUUUCUUGUAUCACUAUUGUACCGGCGGUCUACCACGAGACGACUCGGGAUGGGUCACAGGAGUUGUAUAGGUUGCAUAGCACAGACUCGGAGCAACACGGAGUCUUGUGUGCCCGAAAUGAGGGUAACAUUUCGCAGCAAAAUCGACUUAUUCAACGUCUCCAAGACCUCGGUCCUUCUUCGAUAUUUUCG